CGCAAUUCCAACGCACGAAGAACAAUAAAAAAUGGUGAACAAUGUCCAUUGCAACUGCAACUGCAACUGCAACUGCAACUCAUCGCACCGCAGCACUUCGCAUCCUGCCUGAACACAGAGGAACUCGAAUGUGCCAGUUUGUUUGAAAUGGGAAAUUCAAAGACGAAAUCGCCCGUUACAGCGCCGAGAGGUCGUCGAGCGACAAUGAUCGCCUUUCUGCUGGGUCUGUCGGUUGGAAAAGUGUUCUUCUCGUUUUCAACUUCGAUGUCGUCCUUCCGUGAAGAACGUUCCACCGUCGACUUUGCGCCACCGCAGACGUCGCAAGGGUUGCAAAAACAAACGCAAAAACAAACGCAGGUGCAAACGCAGGUGCAAGACGCCUCGGAAAGCAUGCACGUACGCCGCCCGUUUGACGCCGAGGGGAACAUUGGGAUCGUUUCCAAGAAGGACCCGUCCUUUUUCCGUGCUUUUCAGGAACAGAUUGAUUCUAUGGACGACGAAGCCCGKUGCGACCGAUAUCAAUUCAAGCUAAAGAGCAAGGACAAGGAAUUCCGGAGAAAACGACCGAGGCGGAUCUUUUUUGGUGCGCUGGUGGCAACGGAAACCUGGGAACUCUUCGACAUUGUUUCCACCGAGGCCUACGGAAUAUAUGACGGAAUCGUGCUGGUGGAGAGCAACCGGACGCAGAACCUCCACCCGCGGAAUCUCACCCACUACAACCAAAAAGARAAACACGAGGCGAUCAUUGGAGAACUCUUUGGGGUACCCUCGCACUCGGCGAAGAUWCGCUUCUGGAGCAACGAAGACGAAGAUCUGAGUGAUCUUCCACGCGAGAGUGCCCAGCGAGACGAUGUCCUGAACGGAUGGAGGGAGCUAGGGAUGCAGCCGGACGACGUUGGGAUUUUGUCGGACAUGGACGAAGUGCUUACGCGAGACUUUUUGCGGGCCAUCCAGGUCUGCGAUGUCAUCGACGAGAUUGACUAUCGCUCUCACGGGUGCCGACCGGACAAGAUGGGAUUGCGAACCGUCACACAAAUCUACGAGGGCUCUCCCGAGUGUGUCACCGACGAACGCUAUGGUUUUCAGCCAUCUGUCUUCUCGGGGCACUGCAUCGAGGGCAUCGGUGACCCAUCGGUGCACAAGUCCCCACCGAGGAACCGCGAAGGCGACAGGCUUGGGGGUUGGGGGCAGUCCGAUUGGGACGAUUCCAAGCCAUACACCCCGUCGGCCAACGGGGGGGAUUUUCGAACCACGGGAGGUGCACGCAACAUCAACUUGAUCGUGCCGGAGCGACAAUUGAAGACAAAACGACACUACAACGUCUACACGGCAUAUCAUUUUCACAAUUUCUUUAGCAAGGGGAGUACAAUUCGUUUCAAAUACAAAACCUAUGGGCAUCCCAACGAAGAUGCCAACMUUGUCCCACUACAAGAGCUGCAAUCCGAUCUGGCCAUUAUGGUCUACUGUGCAAAGAAUGAGRCUGAUCCGGAGGAAGCAGAAUUCCACCGCGUUGUCGGUGGUUUCGAAAGCCUGGACCCUUUCACACCUAUUUAUUUCCAGGAUGCCGAAUAUCGUUUUCGCAGACAGGAGUUUAUUCAAAAACUGGUUCGUGACGAUGAGAAUGACCAAAAAAAGAGAAGGGAGGAAGAAAUGGAAGAGAGAAAAACGGCGGCACUCGCCAACAGGUUACAGCGGUUUGGAAAUCAUUUGAGGAUGGCCCAAACUCCUACAAAUCUUGAUCUUGCGAUACAGAAACCUGCUUAUCCCGAAAGCACAAAAGUGAGCUGGCGAUGAUAGACGAGACGAGAUAACCGAAUCGAAGGAGUGACAGGCCACGAAGAUUGUAAAYCAAUUGUUCUUCUUCCCUUGAAAAAGUUGCCAACAUACAGAAACAUAUGGAACAAGUUCAUUCUCUUCAUCCAUAGCUCGCUUCCGCGCCGGUUCCAACCACAUUUCUGACGGGACCAUAAUUUCUGGCUACACAGAAAAGCAGCUGGCGUACAAAACGACGAUGAGCUGCUUGGUUUCCAGGGAUAUCCUUUCGCACGCUCUGCUCGGUUUUCAACUUAUGAUGCCUAAGAUAUGCUUCAGCGACGAAAAAUGGACACACCACACCUGUUCUAUCAUCUUCUGGACACAAGGUUACGGACACCUCUUAUCCGUUCUAUACCUCGCAAUUUUCUCUCGACCCAAACAGUCGUGUCUGGCUUCUCGUGUGACACAGUAUUGCACAUGGUCGUGCCUCGAUAGAUCGAAGCUGCACGCAUGCUGUAUGUCCCGACGUCACUUAGUACCAAAAGAUKAAUUAUGUUAACUUUAUUUGUA